AUGGCAGGACAUCCGGAAAACGGCUUUCAUUUUAGCGAAAAAUUUAAUCGUCCGAUGGAAGAUUUGUUGACAGGAUCGAUCUCAAAUCAAUCAAUCACAACAAGUGAUUUGUUUGUUUGUUUGACAGGCAGUGGCCCAAUUCAGUUGUGGCAGUUUCUCCUGGAACAGUUGACAGACAGGACAUGCCAGCACUUCAUCAGUUGGACCGGAGAUGGGUGGGAGUUCAAACUCUCAGAUCCUGACGAAGUGGCUCGAAGAUGGGGCAUCAGAAAAAACAAACCAAAGAUGAACUAUGAAAAACUCAGUCGUGGCUUGAGAUACUACUAUGAUAAGAACAUCAUCCACAAGACAGCUGGUAAGAGGUAUGUGUACCGCUUUGUCUGCGACCUGCAGAACCUGCUCGGCUACACACCCCAGGAGCUCUUCGAUGCCUGUGAUGUCAAGCCACAGAAGGACAAAGAGGAUGAAUAA